AUGGCGACGGGCGCCUUGCCAGCGGCACUUGCAUCCCUGACGCUGCUGAUCGAAACCGCCGCGCGACGACGAGAUCUCACUGUUUAUGUCUGUACCCAGGCCGUGCGCAUUGUCUUGGCCAAGCUUCAUGCCCAGGGCACCCUGCCAACGCUUCCCCACGCCAAUCUGGUGGCUCUUUCCACGGCGCUGGGCUUGCUGCACCAACAACGGGCUCACGGCACAUCACGUGGCCUCACACACUCUCUUCUCGCCGUUCUCAAUCCCGAGCCGGGACAGGAAUGGUGGCAGCGUGUACCACGCCUCAGCCAUGCUAUCCAGCAAGUGCGCCCUGCUCUGCUUCGUUACCUGCUGCGGCCCCUUCACGUGCGGCCCGCCCUGGAGCAACAAUUGGCGCACGUCCUCGAGACCUCGGCGAUGGGCGCACUCACGGGCGUGGCCCUCAAGCUCGGACUGAAACUCGUGCAACACUUGCAUCAGAGCAGCCCUCGGGCCGGCCAAGCCGCUGGACGAUCCCUUCCUCUCAUCCGUGUGCUGGCGCUUUACCCUGCGCUUUUCAAAGCCACCGAGCUCCUGCUCGGUCAUUUUCGCGGUCAUCACAGUGAUGCCUCAUCACGAGCUGCACUAGCCGGCGGUGUCGCGACGCUGGCCCUGCACAAGACGGUGAGCCCGGCUUUGAGCGCCUACUUUCUGGGCAAGGCUCUAGACGGUCGCUUUGAUUGUGCCCGUACGGACACGGGCCAGGACGUGGCUCUCUUUGCUUCAGCCGCGGCCGUGAUUGUCCAUUUUGCAAUUUUUGAGCCACAGCGCUUGCCGGCAAGCUACAACAUGUUUCUCAACAAGGUCACGGGUGCCCACACACCGCACGCUCCACAAACACACACUCAAGCUCCCUCACCUCACCGCCACACACACAUACGCAGACAGAGGGAGGAUGCGAUAAAGAGCGUGGGGGCGAAGAAGCGAAAGGCGAGAAAGCCACGUUUGGCACUGCAGCAACGGACGCCGGCAGCCGAAGCUCAGCUGCUUUCCGAACGAUUUCUGUCCUUUGUUGAUCAUGGCAGCUACAACGCCAUUGCCGUGUCGAGCGCCGCUGCAGACGGCCACAGCCUGGAUUCCAAUGCCGGAACGCCGACCACCACGGUGUUUCUUCGCAUUCGCCCCAAAGUGCGCCAGGCCGCGGUUCAAGACACGGGCGAGGACGACCCGGACAUUAUUCAAGCUGUCGAGAACACGGUGAUCUUUGACGAUGUCAAGUGCCCUGACAAGGAAGAGCGCUUCAAGCCUUACACGUUUGACCGUGUCUUCCAACCUGGCUUGGCUCAAGCUGACGUCUUUGACCAGGCAUUGCAGCCAUACCUGCGACAUUUCGUCGCUGGCUUUAACGUUUGUCUAUUUUGCUACGGUCAAACGGGCUCUGGCAAAACCCACACGAU